AUGGCAGCCUUUAAAGAUGAGCUGCAGUCAGUCUCUGGCCUCGACCAGAGCAACGGUCAAACUCCUCGCACCUCCACCCCCCAACAGUCGGAGCUCCUGCUCACCCCUCCAAGCCAGAGCCUGGAAGCCCUGAAGGAUAUAGUCUAUGGAUCAACAGCUGGAAUACUGGGGAAGUUCGUUGAAUACCCGUUCGACACAGUGAAAGUCCGACUUCAAUCCCAAUCCCACGAGCCUGGCACAGUACCCCGGUUGCAAGGGCCCCUCGACGCCUUCUCCGCCGCAUUUCGGUCGCCCGAGGGGCCUCUCGUGUCUCUGUAUAGAGGUAUCAGUGCCCCUUUACUCGGUGCCGCAAUCGAAACAUCCUCCUUGUUCUUCAGCUAUCGAGUCGCGCAAGACAUUGUUGUGGGAGCAACCCCUUCCCUGCGUGCCCAGCGAGACCGAAAUCCUCAGGACAAGAUUGAACUCCCCUUCUCCUACCUCAUUGGCUGCGGUGCGGCCUCGGGAGCGUUCACGUCCCUCCUCCUCACACCUAUCGAACUCAUCAAAUGCAAGAUGCAAGUCCCCCUGCCCCCGUCCAACCUCGGCUCCAAGUUGGGUUACACAACGACUCGCCCGCCCGGGCCUAUGCAACUCAUCACCACAGUCUUCCGCACCCAAGGGCUUCUCGGUUUCUGGCAUGGCCAGCUGGGCACACUCAUUCGCGAAACAGGUGGUUCAGCCGCAUGGUUCGGCUCUUACGAAGGUGUUAAAAUGUUGUUCCUCCGCUCGGAUCCCAGUCUGAACCACGUAUCAGACGUCAAGGUGUGGCAGCAGAUGGUUGCAGGAGCAGCGGCGGGCAUGUCGUACAACUUUGUUUUUUAUCCGGCUGAUACGAUCAAAUCACGCAUGCAGACGUCCAGUCCCGAUGUCACCUCUGGACAAAAAAGACUGACGUUCCUUUCGACGAGCCGAGAUUUGUGGCGAGAACAAGGACUCAAGGGAUUCUAUCGAGGCUGUGGGAUCACAGUUUUCCGUGCGGCGCCAAGUUCAGCGAUCAUUUUCAGCAUCUAUGAGGCGUUGCGGAGGUACUUUGGCUGA